UUUAUUCCAACAGGGUAAGCAAACAGAUUUGGUUUCAUAAAUGUGGGCAGAGAGGUAACUAAUGUGGUUGUAUAGAUGAAGGCGGAUGAGAAAGAGACCAACAACCCUUCUUGUAAUUAUUAUGAACCUCCUUUGUCAAUGCCUGGCAAAGAGACAGACACAUUAGAACAUCAUUACUUAAACUCUGGUCUUUCAUAUUAUUCUGAACCUCGAAGGUCAAGAUUUUGAGGGGAUUUCUCUUCGGGAGAAAAUACUCGACCUGUUUCUUAAAGCCAAGGCUGUAGAUUAUGAACUUGACACUCCGACACAGGUAAUUGGGGAUGUCUUCAUUCAAUUUCAGAAGAAAUGAGAUGAAUUGGAGGAAGAAAAAGACUUAGAUCUGCUAUUUACUCCAACACUUCCUACAAAACAAGCUCUCAUUAAAAUAGAAGAGACUGGAUGAUUCGAGAAUGAUGAAACCAUGUUUUUCGGUAGUCCUAAGACCAAAUCUUGCAUGCUUGAGACAGUCAUAACGACUAUCAGAAAUCUUGAGGUUAGCCAAAAGGGAGAACUUACUUCGGAACUAAUCGAGCAUCAUCAGGGGUUCUUAGAUUCAUACUUCAAAGGAAAGAUCUCCAAGAGCUUCGAAGAUUAUUCGAGUUCUUAUAGUUUAAAAAUCAAGAUGCCAGAUUUAAUAGGGACGAUUAGAGACACUGAAGGGAAGGCUAAAAUACUGCAAUUCUUCGUUUCCUAUUGUGCAAAAAUAAACCUAAAGUCCGCAAUAUACAAAUCUCUCACCCAAAGAUAUCUGAUAGUAAAACUUGAUUUUGAUGGAGAUGGAUUGUCAGAAGAAGACAUCCAUUUUUUAUGGGAAUCUGUCGAUUAUGAUUUCAACACAAAUUUACUGACAUCUCCCUGAAGUGAAGAACAUAAGGAAAUAGACUCAAAUGCUCUUGUAGUAGCUACAAUCUAUAGGCUUAAUAAAGACACGAGUACCAAUAACAGUGAAACAAAUAUUCUGAUCAAUUCUAAAUGGAGGAACUUCAAACAUAUGAUUUAUAAAUCAAAUACCUUCUUUAAUAUAAUUGAAGAUUGCAAGUUAUCGAAAAGACUCCCUCUAAUUUUAAUAUAUAAGCUACAAGAUAAUGUAGGUAAGCAGAGAAAAUCUGAGUUCAAAAGAAAUAAGAGCAGAAGAUCACAACAAUUCAUUGUCGUGAAAAAGGAAGAGAAGAAAGAAGAUACCGAACCUAGCAAGAACUUGUAUAGUACACAAGAAAACACUGAUGCUGCUCUAGGUUAUAAUAAUUUUGUACUGAAGCAAACCCCAAUCAACCAAAAGUUAACCCUUAACUCAAAUCGUGACCUUAAACCUGAAGGUUGGUCAAAAUACACAAUCUUCUAAAAUUUAUAAAACUUCACCCAACAAACAGCAUAUCUCGAAUAAAAAAAUGUAAAAACUCACUUACACUUGUACUUCUCUAAAAUUCAAUUUGAGAUUCCUAAAACUCCAAGUCAUUAAUCCCUACAUAUACUGUUUAAGUAAAGUUUAAUUUGGAGUUUAAAGAUAUGAUUGUUAACAAUAUGAAGAACAAGACAAAUAGGAAGGAGAGAGAUAGCAAGAAGAGUGUAGAUAGAGGGAACCAAGGGUUAAAAGGGAUUUAGAGGUGUUUGACAAAGAGGUUUAAGGAGUUAUAGGGGCUAUAAGGAUAUUACCAUCAUAAAUGCAUCAGUAGAAAUAGAUCAAUUCGAUAUAUGAUGAGGUAAAGAGAGAGGUUUAUGGUGUAGAAUCAGAAAAGAUGUAAGAGAAGGAGGAAAAGAAGGAGUAAAAUUUAGAGAAAUAAAAUUGCAAGUUUGGUCAAUAGAUCUGCUGGCAAUUUAAAAAUUCAACUUUUGCAAGAAAAAGUUAAUAAAACCUGAAGGAUGAAUACAACUUCUUAAGAUUUAAUUUCAUGUAAUCCUCCUUCUUCUUUUUAUAUUA